AUCCGAUACCCUCGUAAUUCAAACUGUACUUCUCAAAGGGUCAGCUGUCCACUCGCACCUACUAUUAACAUGUUAUAUUUACACAAGACAUAUACUUAGCAUAAGUGCCCAUCAGUUACAAAAACCUGCGUGAUCGUUAUGAAAUCGUGCGCUCCGACUAAGGGAAGACAGCGCGCGUGCCAUGAUGUCACAUUGCAUUACCGAGAAGACCGUUUCGUCGUGAAGUAUGGAACCUGGCCGAAGUUACUAUUACGAUAUCAAUAAAAAGUUACUCAUGGUAAUCGGCCAGUGGCCCUAUCAGAAGCCUAAAGACAAAGUGAUUGCCUUUGCAUUUAUAAUGGUACUUGCAGUCUUUGCAUUCUUUCCACAGACGGCAAGAUUUUUCAUAUGCGAAAACGCGCAGUGUAUCUACGAAACUUUACCACUAUAUAUGUUAUGUGUGGCAACUGUAUUGAAAAUUUUUACAUAUCAAUUUAACAGUCGAAAAAUUAAAGAUCUCACAGAUCGCUUAUUCGUAGACUGGGAAAUGCUCCAAACUAAGGAAGAACACGACAUUAUGAGAAAAUAUGCCGAAACAGGCAGAUGGUAUGCGCUGAUAUACUGCUCAUUUAUUUAUGUGACUACCGUUAUAUUUGCAACAACCGCUCUCGUGCCACGCAUCUUGGAUGUACUGUUUCCAUUGAAUACAUCCCGUCCUGUAAUGCUCCCAUAUCCGGCAUAUUAUUUCGUUGACGAAAAUCAAUAUUUCUACUAUAUUUUUUGCCAUGAGUUAUUUACCGGCAGUAUAGGUAUGACUGGAUUAAUCGCGCACGAUACAACGUUUUUCGUAUACGUCGAACACGUCUGCGGUCUUUUCGCCAUCGUUGGAUUUAGAUUUGAGCAUGUGUCACAUAAACGUAGUACUAUGGAAAAAAAUAUGUUCAAUCAUCCGGAUGCCGUGUAUCACAAGAAUAUUGUGAUUUCGAUUUACGCUCAUCAUAAGGCUUUACAAUUUGCUGAAUUUCUUGAGAGUACUUUUACGAUAUCAUUCGCCGUGCAACUUCUGUUCGUUACAGUUGGCUUGAGUAUUACUUUAGUACAACUUUCGAUACAGCUGCACAAUUUAGCGGAAGCGCUUAGGUACUUCGUCUUCAUUUCUGCUCAAUUAUUUCAUUUAUUCUGCUUAAGCUUCCUAGGACAAAAGUUGAUAGAUCACAGCCUCGAGACUUGCGACAAAAUAUAUUAUAGCUUGUGGUACACCAUACCUGUGAAGGAGCAAAAACUACUCAUGUUUGUGAUGAGAAAAAGUAUCGAAGCUAGUGUCUUGACCGCCGGCAAGAUAUACAUAUUUUCUCUAGAAAAUUUCACAACGAUCGUGCAAAGCUCGAUGUCGUACUUUACAUUACUAUCGUCCUUUGACGUGUAAUGAUCGAUACCUGGGUGAUUACGCCAGCAUGUAGUAAAGUAUCCCUGAAAUGUUCCACAGGAGUGUAAUAUUACAAAUAAUACAGCGAAUAAAAUAAUAUUUAUAUUUGCUAUUAUGUCAUGAGACAAAGAUAAUAAAAUUCUAUUUUGUCAUCGAUAUUGCUCUACUCUCUAAGUAACUAAUUGUAAGAAGCCUUCCCUCCUGAUUUCUCUCGGAGACCUCGAACACUCACAUUUACAGGAGGGCUCUCUAUCACUAGAAAG